AUGUCGACCCAGACAGCUGCAACCGAUAUCUUCACGAUAAAUCCAUAUGACGGUCACCCAAGUCUGACCCCGCUGGAGGCAGAGGUCCUCUGGGAGUACGCCAAGCUGGCCCAGCAUGUCAAAUCACUGUCCCAGAAAACUAAAACGUUACAUGAAGAGCCAGACCAGACGAUGCUUGUGAGAUUGAGGGUGUUGGAGAAGAAGAUGGGUUUGGUUCUAACUUUGUUCAAAGCCUCGGUGUGGGGUGUUAUCAACGAACAGCCAGCGCCAGAAGGUUAUUAUAACGAUUCAAAUGAAACGACAAUACAGCAUUAA